UCUAUCCAAACGUUAUAUUGGUCAAAACAAUAGAAUACAACACAAUAUAUUAAUACUUAGCAUUAUGAAGCAAUACAUAACAACCAUCAUUGUUGUGAAGAAUUGACACAUUGUUUCCAAUAACUGCAGUUUCGCCAACAACUACUCCCGUUGCAUGCUCAAAAGAUUUUGGCAGUAGGAUGAAUGUCAACUGCAAAAACAUGAGAGUCCAAAGCUGAUGCCUGAAACGAAACCGAAAAGAAAAGGCGAGGCGAGAGGCGAUGAAGCGAGCGCCUUAGCUGAGAAAAGGCGAGAAUGUAGGGUUCAUUUUAUAAGCUCUUGUAAAACAUAACUUGCUGCAUUUUCUCUUCAUCUUUGACUGCUGCUACCUGCUACUCUACUGCUGCUCUUCUUCUCUUCAUCUUUGACUGCUGCUACCUGCUACUCUACUGCUGCUCUUCUUCUCUUCAUUUAUCUUUGACUGCUGCUACCUGCUACUCUACUGCUGCUCCUCUUCUCUUCAUCUUUGAUUGCUGCUACCUGCUACUCUACUGCUGCUCUUCUUCAAGGUAAACUUCUUAUCUCUUCUUUUUUUAUCUGUUUUUCUCUGCUGCUUCUUCACUGGUGGGGCUGGGCUUGCUUCUUUUUUCUCUUCUUCUUUUCCAUUUUUUCAGUUCUUCCACUUGCUGCACUUUUUUUGUCUGUUUUGUAAUUUUGUUAGCCUCUUUUUUUUUUUUUUUUUUUGUAAUUUUGUUGAGAUGGAUGUGUGGGCGCCACUAGUGACAGAAUUAGGAAUGAGGCUAUUCGGGACAAGAUGGGAGUGGCCUCGGUGGAAGACAAGAUGCGGGAAGCGAGAUUGAGAUGAUUUGGGCAUGUGAAGAGGAGAGACACGGAUGAUUCAGUGCGGAGUUGUGAGAGGUUGGCCGUGAAUGGUUUCAGAAGAGGUAAGGGUAGGCCGAAGAAAUAUUGGGGAGAGGUGAUUAGACUGGACAUAGCGCAGUUACAGCUUAGCGAGGACAUGACCUUAGAUAGGAGGGUGUGGAGGACCCACAUUAGGAUAGAAAGCUAGUAGAUAAUCUCGUUAUCCUUCCUUAUUAGUAGGCGCAUUAUCGCAGUAUAAUUUCUUGUGCUCUGAUUUCUGCUAUUAUCUGUUAUUCCCUGUAUUUUUAUUAUUCUAUCUUAUCUGUGUCGCUUUCAUUAUUUGCAUAUACAUAUCGCUUUGAAUUUCUUAACCUUAUCUGACCUCUUUUUAUACUUUUUAUUGAGCCGAGGGUCUUUUGGAAACAGCCGUCUUACCUUGGUAGGAGUAAGGUCUGCGUACACUCUACCCUUCCCAGACCCCACGGUGUGGGAUCCCACUGGGUUGUUGUUGUUGUUGUUGUUUCUGCUCUUCUUCAUUUCUUUGUUUUUCCUCUGCUGCUACUCAACUGCUGGGGCUGGGGUUAUUCUUUUUUCUCGUCAUCUUUUCUAUUUUUGUCAAAUCUUCGACUUGCUGCACUUUUCUUCUCUGUUCUGUUAGUAUUUUUUACUCUGUUUUGUAAUUUUGUUGGUUUUUUUUUUUUUUUUUAAUCUUUUGUUCUUCUUCUUUUCUAUGUUCUGUUACUCCCUCUUUUCUAAUUUAUGUCAUACUUUUCGCUUACUAAGAUUCAAACUGCAUGAACUUUGAGCAAUAUUUUAAAAUGUACUUUUUUACCAAAUUUGAUAUGAGAAAAGUUGCAACUUAUAGUACUUUUUAUGUAGUUUUCCAAUAUAUAAAUUUUAAUCUUAAAAUAUUGAGUUAAUCUAAUCCCAUUUAGCUUCAAGUUUAGUCAAAUUGACUCUCGAAAAGCGAAAAGUAUCACAUAAUUGGGACGAGAGGAGUAGUUUUUAUCUAUUAUUUUGCUGUAGCCUGUAGCUGAAAAUAUAUAUUUUUUUUUGUUGGGAUUGUAGUAAAAUAUUGUAGUUUUUUAUUCAAUGGCAUCAAGCCAAAAAAGAGAUGCAUCUUGGGCUUAUGGAACUGCAAUGAGCCAUGGAGGAUCCAUGGUUAAUCUUGUUGAUGAAAAUGAUGAUAUGGAUGAGAAUGACACUGAAGAAGCCAAUGAUAUAUCAAUGGGGCCUCCCUCAAAAUCUCAUAGAAAGUCUUCAACUAGUGACAUUGGAUCAUCCACUGCUAGGACCGUUAAAGGUCCUCUCAAUCUUUAUAUCCCUCAAAAACCAAAUGAAAAAAAGAGAAAAGGUGAAGCUAUUGAUUUAAAUUCUGCCAAGAAGAUUAGAAGGGAGCGCGCUAUAGCUGCUUUUGCAAGAUGGAUAUAUGACGUAGUGCUCCCUUUCAAUAGUGUCAAUUACACCGACAAUUUUGGUGAAUUCAUUAAGGCAGUAGGCCAAUAUGGUCAAGGAAUGAAGCGCCCCACCUAUCAUGAAGUAAAAGUUCCUUAUCUUAAAAAAGAGUUGGAGGAGACAAACAAGAUUAUUGAGGAGCAUAAGGUGCAAUGGCAAAGAUAUGGAUGUUCCAUUAUGAUGGAUAAAUGGAUCGCAAAAAAUGGGAAAAUGAUGAUUAAUGUUUUGGUGAAUUCUCUAAAUGGUAGUGUGUUUCUUGAGUCCUAUGAUGCUAGUGUCUCUUCUACCGAUUCCACCAAAAUGUUUAACUUGUUUGAGAAGACUAUAUUGAAAAUUGGAAAGGACAAUGUUAUACAAGUUGUUACGGAUAACACAAGUGAGAAUGUUAAAGUGGGUCACAUGUUGAAAGGAGUGUUCCCGCACAUUUUUUGGACUCCAUGUGUUGCGCAAUGUAUCAAUAUGAUGUUUGGCGACAUUUUCAAGGAAGCCCCAUAUUCUACAGUUUUUGCUAAGGCUGUUAGGAUACACUCUUAUAUUAGUCAGAGGCCAUUGUUGUUGAACAUGAUGAGGAGAUACACAAACCAAAGAAAUUUGAUGAAACCUGCCAAGACAAGAUUCACAACAACUUUCUUGACUUUGCGUAGUUUUUACUUGCAAAAGAAUAACUUGAGAACCUUAUUCAUGUCAACUGAAUGGAAAGAGAGUAGAUUUGCAAAGGAAGUUCUUGGGCAAGAAGUUGCGACAUUUGUUAUUUCUCCAUUGUUUUGGAAUGACAUUGUUCAAGCACUUAAAGUUUGUGGUCCUUUGAUUACUGUACUUCGUUUGGUGGAUGGGGAGGAAGGAUCACCAAUGGGCUACAUUUAUGAAGCCAUGGAUAGAGCCAAAGAAGCUAUUGAAAAAUCAUUUAACGGGGAAGUGAGAAAAUAUGAGAAAGUUUUUGAGAUCAUUGAUACAAGGUGGACGGAUCACCUUGAUAAACCUUUGCAUGCAGCAGGACAUCUUUUGAACCCGGGGCUCUUUUAUACAAAAAACGAGAGGAAGACUUUAAAUAAACAAGUGUGGGCGGGAUAUCAUGCAUGUGUUGAGAGGUUGGUCCCAGAUGUUGAUUUGCAAGACAAAAUAGGGGAGGAGCUUGGUGUAUAUAUGAAAGCAGAUAGAACAUUUGGAUAUGAUAUGGCCAUUAGAGCCAGAACCAGAAUAUCACCAGUUGAGUGGUGGAUGCUAUUUGGUCAUAGAGUUCCAAACUUGCAAGAAUUUGCUAUUAGAGUUCAAAUUUCAACUUGUAGCUCAUUCAGAUGCGAGAGAAAUUGGAGCGUGUAUGAACAUAUUAAUACUAAGAAGAGGAAUAAGCUUGAGCUAAAGCGUCUCAACGAUCUAGUGUUUGUUAAAUAUAAUAGAACACUGAUACGUCGUUACAAAGCUCACAAUACCAUUGAUCCAAUUAUGUUGGAUAAUAUUGAUGAGGCAAAUAAAUGGUUAAUUGAAGUCCCCCAUAAUCAUGAAAAUGUAAUAUAUGAAGGAGAAGAUCUCACUCAGGGUCAUGUUGCUAUGGCAAGUGGAGUUGAGGAGAAUAUUUAUGGUUUUAGGGGGAGUACUUCAAGGAGCAAGGAAAGAGUCGCUACAAGUUCAAGUGGAACCCUGGCAAGUGAAGUUGAGGAGAAUAUUUAUGAUGAAGAAGAUGAUGACCAAUAUAGUGAAGACGUGUUGACACUUCAAGAGUUUGCAAUUGUUGAAGAAGAAUAGGUGUUGCUCCCUUUGUGAUUUGGUUUUGAAUUUUCUUAAUAUGUUAUGAGAAUUAUUUACUAUCGGUGUUGCAUAAUGUGCUUAUGUGGGUUUAAAUAGCCUUGAGACCUCCACCUUAAUAGCUAGCUUUUGGAAUGUGAGGUGUUACAAAUUGUAUCAUGAGCCACUCACCGCCCUUCGUGCCUGUCGUACCUUGGAUGGUGACACACGGAUUCGGAGCUUGGUGGUUUGUUAUGUCCCACAUCGUUUGUUAUGUCUCACAUCGGUGGGCAUAAUGUGCUUAUGUGGGUUUAAAUAGUCUUGGGCUCUCCCACCUUAAUAAUUAGCUUUUUGGGGUGUGAGUUAGGUCCAAGAUUGUUACAAGCAGUUCUAGUAUCUAUUAUUUACUUUUGGGGUUAUGAUUGUAAAAAUUUCUUCUAUUGAGACUAGAUGGAUGAUAGUAUAUCUAUGGCAAGGCAACGGCUCAAGUAAGAUCAAACUUAUUAUCUGUGAAGGA